UUGACCCUGUUCCCGCCUUGCUUGUUGAGCUCGUCGAGUUUAUAACAGUUCGCGAUGUUUUUUAAAGCAUAAAGGAAACUCUAGAUUUGUUUAUUUAAAGCAACUUUUGACUGUAAACCGUGAUUGUAAUUUUGUUCUUCAAUGAAUGCAAUAUUGGGUCAAAAGUUUAUAAUUCUUAAAAGUAUAUAGGUACAUAGAAAUAAUCGUUGACUCCGGAAUAUCAAGAUGGGUAUUACCGGUUUAAUUCCGUUUUUGAACAAAGCAUCAAAGAAAAGUAAUGUUUCUCAGUUUUCUGGAGGUACCGCAGCAAUCGAUGCUUAUUGUUGGUUGCACAAAGGUGCAUUUUCCUGUGCUGAUAAAUUGAUUAUGGGCCAAUCAUCAGAUGCAUAUGUUAAAUAUUGUAUGAAACUGGUCCAUAUGUUGAUUGCGGCCAAGAUAAAACCUAUUUUGGUUUUUGAUGGUCGUCACUUACCAGCUAAAGCAGACACAGAAGUCAAAAGGAGAGAGCAAAGAGAAGGCAAUAAGCGGAGAGCGGCUGAAUUGAUGCGAAUGGGAAAAGACAGUGAAGGAAAAAAUUUAUUGAGGAGAUCAUUAGACAUAUCGCACGAGAUGGCUUUAGAAGUUAUAAAACAGUGCCAGAUCGAAAAUGUUGACUGCAUCGUGGCACCUUACGAAGCAGACGCUCAGUUAGCCUAUUUAAAUAUUUCUGGCAUAGCUGAUGUCGUUAUUACAGAGGAUAGUGACUUGACCUUAUUUGGUUGUAAUAAGAUAUUCUUCAAGAUGGACAUAAACGGCAAUGGACUAUUGGUAGAGCAGGAUCGCCUCCAUCUGGCAAUGGGGGUUCGUGCUGAGCACUUUGACAUGGAUAAAUUUCGCUACAUGUGUAUUCUAUCUGGCUGUGAUUAUUUGCCUUCGCUCCCUGGCAUUGGAUUAUCUAAAGCAUGUAAAUUUAUAUUGAAAAGCACCGAGGCCGACAUUUACAACUCUCUUACGCGAAUAGCCUCAUAUCUCAACAUGAAAUCUUUAGUAGUGACAAAAGAGUACAGAGAUUCAUUUCUACGGGCAUUUGUAACAUUUAAACACCAACUUGUCUACUGUCCGAUAAAAAGAAAACAAGUACGACUUUAUUCACCACCUCCACACGUUACGGACGAGCAAUUACGACACGCCGGUGUUGAACUAGAUGAGGAUUUGGCCUGGCAGCUAGCUCUUGGAAAUUACGAUCCAUUUUCGCUGAAAAAGCUUCAUGACUUCGAUCCUGACAAUCGACCGAAACGCCCUCUUCGAACGAAUUCUUGGACAGAUAAAGAAAUCGUAAAACAUCCUAGCAUUUGGUCGCAAAGUUUUACGAAAGAAAAAAGUACUGCCCCCAAAACGAAGAGCUCUACCCCUGUAUUUCCAAAUACAUCAGGUCAGGUGAUGACGUUAAAAACAACAAUUAUACAAAAGACGACUACAAGGAAACGAAAUUUCGAAGAAUUUGAAGAAGAGGAGGAUAUGUUGGCAAUAUAUGGUUCUGUACCGAAAAAAAUCGAAUCUGCUGAAUUAAAAUCGCCAUCAAAAACGAAACCCGAAGACAAAGACGAAGAGGAUAAAUCCAAGUCUCCCGUAAUAAGUCGACGAAUAAGAAAUCCGUUUGUGAAAGGGGCGGAUGGUGUUUCCCCGAGUCUCCUAACGAGAACCAGAAGAAGAACGCGACUCAACGUGUUCACGCCAACCGUAAUCGACAAUACAGUGGUUGCUCAAAGCAAAUUUUUCAGUUCCGCGUCUUCCACGUCAGAGGGGACGGACAGCGAGUCGAAAUCCAGCGAAUUUAAAAGCAUAACUGACGAUAGUUCGACUGAAGAAGCGAAAGUUAAGGGAAAAGAAAAUCUAGAUGUGAAUCUGCCAUCGGCAACGAGAGAAGACACAGAGAAAGAAUAUUUUGAAGAGGUUGAGGAGAAAUCACCUAAUUCGAAGGAGGAUGAAAUUUCCGCCGAUUUUCCGGAAGGAAGUGGUUCCGCUGAUAUAAUGGAUACAAGUAUUGGCCUUUCGAGUGUUCAUAUUCACUCGCAAUCCGAGUCACAAGGGGACAAGUCGCCGGGAAAUUCGGAAAUGUCGGAAAAUAUUGAGUCUAUGGCUACACAAGAAUUAUUGAAUGAUAUGGAUACUAGAAGUUCUAGUCCUGACUCGGAGUUGGAGUAUUCUGUUGAUAGUAGCAGCAUCGAUCAUGUUAGGCCCAGUUUGUUCAAAUGGGAAAACACGAAGAGAUUGGAAGUUAAGAGGUUGGAGUCUUCGAACAAAUCUAAAUUGGUGCAACCAAGUAAGAAAAGAAUUGUUCGAAAUUCGACAUCUGCCAAAAAAUCAUUGUCGUCGCAAGGCCAACAAAGUCUUCUAAAUAUGUUUGGAUUCCAGAAGAAAGCGAGUCUAAAGCACUGAAGGAAACUUUGAAACUCAACACAAAACUGUCAUUUUGUAUUACUUUAAAGUUUAAACGGUUCUACUGCAUUUUUUAGUUUUAAGAUAUUUCUUUGGUAGGUUUGUAAGCAAUGAAGUAUAAUUUUGUAGCGUCAACUUUCUUGUUUAAAAAAUAAUAUUUUAUUUAUAUAUCAUUAAGCGAAAUAGUUUUCAAAAUAUUAAUAUAUUAGGAGUAAAGUUAAAUUGUCUUUUUGAAUUGAAUUUUUUUACUUUUUUCUACCUGCAGAAUAGUUUCUUGUUUAAGAUCUUUUUUGAUGAAUGCAUAUUACAAACUCAGGAAACUGCUCAUCGCAUUUUUUUCUUGUAAAAACAUCAAUUGUUUUUUGUUAAGAUAUUUCUGUUUAAGUUAUUUAAUACAAUUUCGUGAAAAUCUGUGAUAAAAAUGACAAAAGCUCGAGAACUUUUUACUUUUUCUUGAAAGGAUUGUAAAUGAUCUAUUAAUAAAAAAAGGGAAAGUGGAAA